CUACUUAAAUUGACCACAAAUUUGGAAGUUAAUAAAGCACACCAGAAGGUGUCGUAGUCAAAGACCCGCAAUUCAAUUCAGAAAACUAAGAUCUAUUAGUCAAUACCAUAAUCCUAAUCAAAGAUUGCCCAUUUUACAUAGGAUGUUUUGGUUAGUGUGAAAGUUAUGUGCAGUGAAAUAAAACAGAGAGAGGAAAUCGGCCCAUUUCUCUCCACUUGCUCCAGUUGCAAGUUUGGACAAUUUUCGUAUGGGAAGGCCCGCGAAUUGGGCCAGAUUUGGGAAAGCUAUUACGAAGCCCAACUUGAAAUGGGCUCGGUAAAGUAGCCUACUGUCUUGAAAUAAAAAACGGCAGUUUCUUGCUUCAAUUACCCCGAUUGAAUCGCCGCUACCGCCUUCGAUCUACCACUACCGGAUUGCUCCUCGUCCUCAGUUUACGACGCCAAGACACCCGCAGCAGCUUCGUGGACUAGAUCUACAAGGAGCUUUCCGCGACUAUUCCAAUCUGGAGAGAGAGGCCAUGUUCCAGCUUCCGAUAUCAUCAAUGUGUCGCCGAACGCGAAUGCAAUCUCCAAGGUCACUCAUGGCGGAUUUCGGUAACAUGUUUGAUUUCACUUCAAGAGCACAAAUCGGCCCAUUUGCACCAUGUACACUGCUGCCAUACGAGAGAUGGAACUGGGUCACCAUCAUUUGGCUGCGGGCUGCGGCUCCACCGGAAUAUAUUCGAUCGACUGCUUCAUCGAAUCUGAAGGCGAAUGGCGGUGCAUUUCUGUAGUGUCUGAUAAUGACACAUUUUGCAGUUUCAAAGACAAUGAUACUGAAGUAGAAGCCUGGGCUGAAUGAAUAUGGUGGGGCUCUCUUCUAUCCUUGCUACAUUUUUGUUCUUUUGCGUAUAUUUAUCUGAAGCAUAGCCAUGUGCAUGAACUCCGAUACAUGUCCCUACUGCUUGUUGUGCUUGUUUGGUAGCUAGUUUGACUAGUAUAAUUUGGAUGGUUUUUGUCUGGGGUGAUGAUGAAAAAGAUUGGAGAAGGUGAGGAAGCGAAUCAAUAAACGAUGACCACAAGUCAUGCUGCAGCAAUAGCUCAGUUAGUCUCAAUUAUUAUUAGUUAAGCUGAAGGACUGUACAUCUAUCAAGCUAAUUAGAAAGAACACAGAUCAAGAUCCCUCACUCUAAUAGCUUCCUCUUACCAAAGCUUUAAUGCCUUCUUCUUCUUCUUCUUCUUCUUCUUCUUCUUCUUCUUCUUCUUCUUCUUCUUCGUCUCACACUGUCAUGUAUAGUGGAAAAUGGGAAUACGACGUCUUCUUGUGUUUCAGAGGUGCUGACACCCGCCAUGGUUUUACCAGCCACCUCAUGGCUGCUCUUUCCCGAGAGAAAAUCAGAGCCUUCAUCGACGACAUGCUCAACAAAACUGAGAGCAUCGAUGAGUUAAUUUCUGUCCUCCAAAGAUCUGCACUCUCAAUUGUAAUUUUCUCAGAGAAUUUCGCAGAUUCAAGCUGGUGCUUGGAUGAAGUGGCCACCAUUUCUCAAAGCAUGGUAGAGUUUGGACACCAGGUGCUUCCAGUUUUCUACAAAAUCGAUCCAUCGGAUGUAUCAGAGCAUUCUGGAAGUUAUUCUGCUGCCAUUGCGCAGAGUCAUGGUGGUGGCAGAUCUCCCAAGGAAAGGAAGAGAUGGAUGGAUGCUCUGAGAGCUGUCUCUAAUUGUGCGGGCCAUACUUCACAGGCAAUCAAGAUUGAAUCUGAACUAGUUGAGGCCAUAGUUGAUGAUGUUUGGAAAACACUCGUUCACAUGUCACGCAGAGUGAAGUUUGAUAACUUGAUAGGCAUGGAUGCUCGUGUUUCCGAGGUUGAACAACUAUUAGCUAUGAACAAAGAUGAGUUCCGCAUCAUUGGGCUUUGGGGGAUGGGUGGUGUUGGAAAGACCACUCUAGCUAAAGCUUGCUAUCAAUCAUUUGUAUCCUCUGGAAGACAAAUCAAGCAUCACUUUGUUCCGAACAUCAAUGAGAAGCUUGAAAAGAAAUCUGGGAUUGAAGGAAUGGUACAAGAACUCUAUUCAAUAUUAUUGUCAGAGGAUAACUUAACCUGCCAAAACCUGGAUAUCAGUUACAGAAGAGAACGACUUACCAGCUCGAGGGUGUUCCUUGUUCUUGAUAGUGUAGAAACAUUAUGGCAGUUAGAACAGUUGUUGCUGGGAGAUGUUCUGAAUUCUACGAAUCUCUUUGCUCCGGGAAGCAUAAUUAUUCUGACAACUAGAAACCGAAGAGUGCUUGAUUAUGCGGAGGCUUGUAUAUAUGAAGUGAAGAGUUUGUGUCGUGAUGAAUCGCUUCAACUGUUUAGGAUACAUGCUUUUAGACAGCCCUUUCCACCCGAGGAUUGGUUGAAAUUAUCAAAUGAUGCUGUAAAAUACUGCAAGGGCAGCCCUUUAGCCAUUAAAGUCCUAGGAGGUGCAUUGUUCCGUAAAGACAAGAGUUAUUGGAAGAGUUUCUUGUGUGAAUUGGGAAACAUUCCAAAACCAGAAAUUCAUGAUGUGCUUAGGAGAAGUUAUGAUGUGCUGGAAACUCUUCAGAAGGGAGUGUUUUUGGAUAUUGCUUGUUUUUUUCAAAGUGUUCCGAAAUCCAUUCUGAUUAAAUAUUUCUCCACUAGUUACAUCGAAGAUUUAAUUGAUAAGUCCUUGCUUAUCGAUCUCUUCCAUGAAGACAUUGAUGUAGAGGCUAUCAAGGUUCAUGAUUUGCUAAGAGAAAUGGCUUGGAGCAUAGUUAGCGAGGAAUCAAAACUUGAAAAGUGCAGUAGAUUGAAGAAUUCAGAUGACAUUCACAAGUUAUUAGAAGUUGGAAAGGUCAAAACAUCAAGAAGAUUCAAUUGUUUGAACAUUUUGAAAGUGAAAGAGAAGCACCAGAGUGCCUUUGAUGGAAGUAGAGCAACUGAAGGCAUUUGUUUGAACCUUUCCGAAGUCAAGGAUAUGCGUCUGGAAGCCAACGCCUUUGAAGGGAUGACUUCUCUUAGAUAUCUCCGCUUCGAUUCAAGAAAUGACUAUGGAGCUUCCAAAGUUCAUGUACCAUGUGGUGGUCUUGAUACCCUUCCUAACAGUCUAAGGUGGUUGCGGUGGGAUGAGUUUCCUUCAAAAUCUCUACCAUCAAGUUUUUCUCCCGAAAACCUGCUCGUGCUUUCUUUACGUGGGAGCUCAAUAAUGGAAAGAUGCUGGAAAGUUCAGCCAAAACUUGUGAAUCUAGUUUUGCUUAACCUCUCCCAUUGCAUAAAUUUAGUUGCAAUUCCAGACUUGUGGGGGUCUCCCAAUCUGGAGUACCUCUUUCUCCGGGGAUGCAAAAGACUAGUUGAGCUACCAUCUCACAUUCAAGAUCUGGACAAGCUGGUAGUACUAGACCUCCGUGAUUGUACAAAUCUGCGGAGUGUUCCUGCAAAACUCAACUCAAAGUUCCUCAAGUAUGUUCGGUUGUCCAAGUGUCCCAAGGUCACUCGUUGUCCUGAGAUUAAUUCUGGAGACUUGGAGGUUUUGGAUUUAAUGGAGACUCCGGUUGUACUCUUGUCGGCUGCAAUUUACAAUAUCAAGCAGGGUGGCAAACUAGGUCUCUGCGGCAAACACAUCACCAACUUCCCUAAGAUUUCAGGGAGCUUGAAACAGUUUUGGUUGUGCCAUACCACAAUAAAAGAUAUGGAUUGUUUUGAUGAUGAUUGUGAUGACCGGCAGGGUUCUUUGCCAAGAUUUGUUCGAUUGGACUUGGUUCACAACCCCCAACUCAGGAGUUUGUCAAGGAAUAUUUGGAAGAUGGUCUGUCAAACACUCAUUCUCCAGGAUUGCCCUGCGAUUGAAACUCUGCCUGAAAUCUCACUGCCUAUGACUGGUUUAACUCAGCUUAGAAUAAGUCGAUGUCAGAACCUGAAGAGUCUUCCAACUGGUAUCAACAAUCUGAAAUCUUUGCAGCUACUCUAUUUCAAAGACACGGAUGUGAAGUCCCUGCCUGCUUGUAUCUUGGAGCUUGACCAGCUCUCACUUUUGGAUUUGUCUUUCAAUGAAAGCCUAGAAUUCAUCCCGAACAACAUCCAUAAACUCGUCAAGUUAUCCAACUUGUGCUUGAUAGGCUGUUCGGGGAUUCAAUAUUUGCCUGAACUCCCACCCAAUCUUCUCAUUUUGUAUGUAAGCGGUUGCAAGUCGUUAAAAGCCUUACCAAGCAACAUAUGCAGGCUGAGAUGGAAGGAACUGUAUUUUGAAGAUUGCCCGCAAUUAGACAUGAAACUACCUAGAGAAAUGGUGCAUAAUUUCCUUAAUCAUGCAACCUCGUAUCGACAUUGUCAGGGUGUUCUUCAGUAUUCGGGAAGUGAGAUUCCAGAAUGGUUUGCCUGCAAAAGCCUGAAUUAUAAGAAUGAUUCAUGUAUGAUUGUGCAAUUGCCUCCCCCUAACUCCAGUACUAAGCGACUGAUAAAGGGGAUUGCAUAUGGAGUUGUUUUUUCUUCUGACAUAUGGUACGUGCCAAUGUCUAUAACUUGCGAUUGCAACAUCGACACCACUGUCUUGACAUCUCGGAGUUCUCUUUAUAAUUUUGGUUUCGGUGGGAUCAAAUCGGAUAUCGUAUAUAUAUGGUAUGAGAAGAACUUGUUAGGCAAGACCAAGGAAGUAAUACGAGAUGAAGCAGAACCUUGGUAUGAUAGAUAUGCUGGGCUCAUUGGUUCCUUCAGAUUUUCCAUUCAACCAGGCAAGGGAGUAGAUCCUGAGAAAUUGAAGAGCAUCAAAAUCAAAAGGAUGGGCAUCUCUCUGUUGUACUAAUUGCUAGUAGCUAGUUUGAGGGUCUAUGGAAAUGAAGAAAAUGGACAACCAAUUGUUGUUCAUUGCGACGAUAUCUUCUGUGUAUUUGUAUCAGAAUCGUUCACUUGAUUCAUUUAGACAAUUCGGACAGAAAUAGUUCAUUUGCUUCCUUGGGCUUUAAAACAUUUCUCCAGGAUUUCACAGAUUUAUGCAAGCUGGUUAUGAAAGUUCAUUUUUGGCAAUUUGACUUAUAAAGUUGCUUUAUGUAGAUUGUCAUCAGUGCAGGUUGGGAUUGGAUACCUCAAUACUGAUUUCCAGUCCAUGUCGAACUGCUGAUCAGCCCAGAGAAUUUGAGUCAUGCCUAUGAUCUGUAUGUUAAUCUUCAAUCUUUUCCCCCCUAAUUUUGGUAUAUAUUUGGAUGUAUUGGCAUGUGAUUGAAUACUUUAGCAUGUUCCCGCUGUUGGUGGUACCUAACGUUUUUCACUUACAAUUGUAGUCAAAAAUCAAAAUCUACGUUUUAAAGUUUAAAAAUUUACGAUUUUACACUUCAAGAUCACUUAAAUAGUAAAUGAUUAUAGAUAGAAUCGCGCUUGUGCGUUUGCGAAGCUUACGAGAAAGAAAUCGGAAUAGUAACCUCCACUCUAAUGUCUUCCUCCUCUUCCAAAGCUUGAGACUUGAGUGCUUUCCUUCUUCUUUUUCUCAUAGUAGAAAGUCGGAGUGUGCUGUUUUUGUGUACUUCAUAGGUUCCGAGACCAACGAUGGUUUUACUAGCCAGCUCGAGGAAGCUCUCUUCGGCAAGAAAAUCAAAACAGAGAGCAUCGCCGGGCUAAUCUCUAUCCUCCCAAUUGUCAUUUUCUCGGAGAAUAUAGUAGAUUCAAGCUCGUGCUAGAAUGAAGUGGCCGUCGUUUCUGAAAGCAUGGAACAAUUGGGUCUUUGGGUGAUUCCCACGGUCAAUAAAGUGGAUCUGGUGUCAAUCGGCAGGUUCGGGUUAGAUUCAGUCGGGUUACAGGUUAGUUGAAUUUUGGGUUUGAAUUUAUCGAGUUAUGGAUUAUUCGGAUAAUGGAUUGAUCAGGUUACCAGUUCAUCAGGUUCGGGUUAUGGAUUCACCGGGUUACGGGUCAGAUGGGUUGUGAGUGGAUCAGAUUGCGAGUUGUUUGGGUCAGCACAUUAUAUUACUUAAUUACUCUUUUACUCCUCACAACUAACUCUUUAUUUAUUACACUAAUAAUAUAUAUAUAUAUUUUUA